UGCGCCACCUGGGCCCUCCCAGCAACCUCCAGCGCAAGAUGGCGUCGGGAGACUGUCUACCGCUGGCCGUUUGAGGGAACGCCAAGUGUCUGUGUCCGCCGCCGUGUUGCAGCUCCGCGGGAAAGCAGAGGCUGGGCCCCGGCGGGUGCGAUGGCCGCUGUGGUGGCCAAGCGGGAAGGGCCGCCGUUCAUCAGCGAGGCCGCUGUGCGGGGCAACGCCGCUGUCCUGGAUUACUGCCGGACCUCAGUGUCAGCGCUGUCGGGGGCCACGGCCGGCAUCCUCGGCCUCACCGGCCUCUACGGCUUCAUCUUUUACCUGCUUGCCUCCAUCCUGCUCUCCCUGCUCCUAAUUCUCAAGGCGGGAAGGAGGUGGAACAAGUACUUUAAAUCACGAAGACCCCUCUUUACUGGAGGUCUCAUCGGAGGCCUCUUCACCUACGUCCUGUUUUGGACAUUCCUCUAUGGCAUGGUGCACGUCUACUGAAGGGGGGCAGGGAUGACUUUUUUAAAAAACCAGAUUGGGUGGACUGUCGCCAGGAUUUAACACCGUGUAAACUUAGUUUUUAAAUUGUUGGAUUCGCUGCUUGUUCUGUAACGUUAUAACUUAUAUCUGAAGACGAAGAACCUGUAAUAUUUUUCAGAUUAAAUGAAGCGUGAGACACUU